UGCCUGGUUGAUAAUUUAUUGGGACUUUGAUUGCAUUGCUUCCUUUGCUCAGAUGAAAUAUUGACAUGUAGGAUAUCUAUAACCAGGUCACACUCUGAGCAGCGUACAGUGCUAACCAGCAUCAUAUUAACAACCUUCCAAAAGCAUUGUUCCCAGAUCAAGAGGAGCGAGAUGGCAAAGAUCAUUCUAUGUGUUGUGGGAUUGGUCCUGCUGUUACAAGUGUACGAUGCUUUAGGUAAGGAUUACAAGAUAGUUUGUUACUACCCAAACUGGGCCAAUAAACGAGGAGACUGUAAGAUCUCACCAGAAGAAAUUAACCCCAAGUUAUGCACGCACCUUACUUAUGCUUAUGCUUAUGUUGACAAGAACCAUCAAAUAGUUCCAGGCGAAGAGGAGGAUAAAAAUCUUUACGUAUCAUUUAAUAAUCUUAAAAAAAGAAACCCAAAUUUACAAACACUCUUAUCUGUCGGUGGCUGGAACUUUGGAACUGAAAUGUUCACUGCCAUGGCUGUUAGUAAAGAAACUCGCUUAAUCUUCAUUACAUCUGCAAUUAAGCUUCUAAGAGAAAAAGAGUUUGAUGGUUUGGACCUGCACUGGGAGUACCCAGGGUUUAACAGAAGCCCACCUGAGGACAAACAGCGAUUCACUUUCUUGGUUCAGGAGCUCCUGGAAGAGUUUGAGAAAGAAUCCAAUGAGACCAACAAACCCCGACUACUACUUUCAGUUGUAGUAGCGUCUGCAAUAAGAAACAUUCAAGCAGGAUAUGAAAUAGAAAAGAUUUCAGAACACGUGGAUUUUAUUGGUGUGAUGACCUACGAGUUCCAUGGUCCAUGGGAUUUAAAAACUGGACCUAAUAGUCCACUGUACAGGAGUCCUCAUGACAAAAAUGAUGACAGAUACUUUAAUGUAGAGUUUGCUACAAAUUACUGGAAAGAACACGGUGCUCCAGCAGAAAAGCUGUUGGUUGGAUUCCCAACGUACGGACGUACUUUUACUCUCUGUUCUCCCGACAGCAGACCUGGUGCUUCAGCAUGUGGUCCGGGGGCACCGGGGAACUGCACCAAAUCAGCUGGAAUUUUAGCAUACUUUGAGGUAUGCAACUUUUUGAAAGGUGCCACCAAGGAUUGGCUUGAGGAACAGGAAACUCCAUAUGCAUACACUGAUGAUGAGUGGGUUUCUUAUGACAAUUUGAGGAGCUAUGAAAAGAAGGUGGAAUGGUUGAAAAAUAAUAGCUUUGGAGGUGCAAUGGUUUGGACAAUCGAUCAGGAUGACUACGAAGGUACUUCCUGUAACCAAGGAAAAUACCCCCUGAUUAAUAAACUGAAGGUUAUGCUUUCCUCAGGUUCUGAACCCAAGGAAAUCCCAGAAGUGACUCCGUUGCCUACCUCGACAUCACCAGAUUCACAGCUUUCCACCAUGUGCCCUAACCUGGAAUUCUGUCAAGGCAAAAAGAAUGGUAACUACGAAGUUGAGUGUGCCGCAGACAGCUUCUAUCGUUGUACUGACAAUGACACACAUAUUCAGAACUGUCCCAGAGGUACUUUCUACAACAGUAUCAGAGACAAGUGUGUCUGGCCACCCAGAUUAUUUCCAGCAAUUACUUUGGCAGACAGCAGCUUUUGCAAAGGCAAACCUGAUGGUGCUUAUGCAAUCCCAGUUCCCACAUACUACAAAUGCAAAAGUGACCAAACACAUGUAAGGCAAUGUUCCUCUGACCUACUCUAUGACACAAUCAGAAGGAAAUGCAUCAGUGCAAAUACAUUUAGCGACUAUGAUGUGGCCUUUUGCAACAAUAAUGAAGAUGGUACCUAUCCCAUUCCUGGCAGACCUACCAAAUACUACCACUGUUCCAACAGGAAUACCAACAUAGGAAGCUGCCCUAAGGGAAGUGUCUAUAAUAAUUUCUGUAAAUGCUAAAUCUAGUUUUAUGUAGAAACAACAAUAAAAGUCAUUUUAACAAACUGA